GGUCUGUGCGGUCUUUCUGUGGUCGUUUCUGCUUCUGAGAGAGGAACUAACAAGAAAAACAAGCUCAAAGGGAGAAAAGUGGCAUUUGCGCAAACAGUAGCAGUUACAAUGGAGGACUUGGAGGUGCACACAUCUUUAGGACCCACCGACUCAUCACUAUCAGAUCACGGGUCUUGUGAGAAUCUGACUUGCUACAUGGUCCUCACGCAGCUGGAGAAAACAGCCAUCGGCUCCAUCUGUUUCCUGGCGGGUCCUAUCACCCUGUUGGAAAACGCUCUGGUGUUGGUCGUGAUUGCAGCCACAGCCACCCUGCGACAGCGGCCUUCAUUUAUUUUCAUCGCCAGCCUCGCUCUGGCAGACGUCUUCGCCAGCUGCUUCUUCACCACCAGCUUCCUGGACUUCCAUCUCUUCUAUCACAGUGAUGGCCCCACCGCCUAUCUCUUUAAACUAGGCGGAGUCACUAUGGCCUUCAGCAGCUCUGUGGGAAGUCUUCUUCUGACUGCUCUGGACCGAUACCUCUGUAUCCACCAGGCCUCUAGCUAUAAGGUGCUGGUGACCCGCCGGCGAGCGGUGCGGAGCCUGCUGGUCCUCUGGAGCGCCACCAUCUUCAUGUCCUUCCUGCCUCUGAUGGGAUGGAGGUGUCCCAAAAGGCUUUCUCCACGAUGCUCACACCUCUUUCCCUACAUCAACCAGGGCUAUCUGGCCUGCUGGACCAGCUUCAUCCUGGUGCUCCUGGCUCUCAUUUUGGUGGCUUAUGCUCUCAUCCUGUGGACUGCACACCGCCAUGAGUCCUCCAUGACCAACAUCCAGGUAGCAGCAGCGACUGGCCAUGCCCGCAUGAGGAUGGAUAUUCGGUUAGCACGGACCUUUGGCCUAAUUCUCCUCAUCCUUGUGGGCUGCUGGCUUCCUGCGCUCUCCUUUAUGUUAGCUGAUGUCUCCAUGUCCCUCACCCACAACCAACAGCGGGCCUUCGCUUUCUGCAGCACCCUCUGCCUGGUCAACUCUGCAGUCAACCCACUGCUGUAUGCACUGCGCUGUCGAGAGCUAAGAGUUGCUUUACUGCAGUUGCUACAGAGGCUGUAUGAGAUCGGGAGGUGUAAAAAGUCAUCAGAGAACCUAACCCCAGGAUUAGCCUCUGCAGAAGACAACAACUGUACUGUCUGCACUGAGGACGGGACACCCAGGAACAGAUCUAACAGACUUAGCUCAAUCUCAGAGAUGGUAAACAAUCAGCAACCGGACAACACAAAAUGACUUCCUGUACAGAUAGAUAGGUGUGUGAGGUGAUCAGACAGACAUCAUCCAGAACAUCAAAUAAGAUCUACAAUAAAAAAUACUGGAAAGCUGGAAAAUACUGGCUUGCCUUUUGAUAUAUACAAAUGUAGUAGAAGCUACUGACAUCAAAAUGAUCAAACUUAACAACAUUACUAACAUACAAGGGAAGCAAACAUCUAAACAAUGUUGGAACAUGUUUGUUUGCAAUUACAAAUGCACCAAAAAGACAGCUUGUAAGGAUCAAACAUUUACUUCAGUAGCCUUGUUAUGAUAUCAGUAUAGUACUGAUCACAGAUUAGCUGGUCAUAUACCACUCAGUGAACCACCAAGAAGCCCCUAAAAUCAACACAUUUCAGGUAAAUGAUCAUAUAACCAGGACUCUGGAAUAGCUCAGUCGUUAGGUAAGGUGCAGAGGUUACAGAUCUGGUUGCCUUGGCUGCCGUUUCCGAAUCCAAAAGGUGACGCUGUUUGGUGCAUGUCACCCCCCCACUCUCUGUCCCCACGUUUCCUACCGACUAUAGCGUUCCUAGCCAAAAAAAGGCAUGAGUAAAAAUAAUAAUCCUGGGGGAAAAAAUUAUAUUACAGUAAAAAAGAACAAAAGUUUGGUGCUGAGGAUGUAAGGUUAGUCAAAGCUAUAGCCAUAUGUCAGCAAUAGCAGUGUUUUUUUCAGUGAUUUUAUGUAGGCCUAUGUUUUUUAAAAUCUCUUAACCCACUAGGAAUAGACUUUGUAUCGGAAUUGGUAUUGCAAAUGAAUAAAUUAUAUCAGAACAUCCCUUUAUCCUAGAAGUUGUUUUAUCUUAAUGACACAAUUAUUUAUUUGUAAAAAAAAAAAAGAAAAAAAAGGAAAAUAAUUAUAGUGUGAUAUCAAUAUUCCGGAAUAACUAUACACAGGUUACAUACUUAAAUGGAGAUACAGCUUCUCAUCGGUAUUAUUCUAAGCCAUGCAAAAAGUCCAGCGGAACCCUCUUUUUAAAGUGACAUAAUGUCAAGUGACCAGCCAACCCCUAACCUUUGACCUCUCUGCCCCCAUGAAAGCACUUUAGCUCUCUCACUCCUAUGACAAACCCUGUCCUGUGAACUGAACUGCUGACAUAACUUUUGUGGGUCGUGUCAUAGUAGAAAGGUAGAUUUAUUGUUUUUCCUACUUGUUCAUGUUCAAAGUAUAUUUGUCUCUGCGUGUGCAUGAACACAGAGGACACUGUGAGAUCCCUAUUCUAUCUGCACAUGAAUGCCAGGACUCCACAAAAGCUCCAUGCACGGGGAGGCGUCACACAAUGUUCCCCCUAUGUGUUCACCACAUGAAUCCAAGCAGUGUGUGCAGAAGUAGAUGGGACAAAUGAUGCAAGGAGGAGAACGAACACAGGCCCUGGAACAUUCUUUGAAAUUGUGACAGCAAGCAGCUGCAGUUAAAGCGCAGACUAAAAAAGGAAUUAGAGUCAUAUAAGCCUAUACGGUAUCAAAAUAGAGAAUCACACAAGUCCUAUGAUGCUUAGCGAUCUUAAAUCAUUGGAUAGGAACACAUUGAAAUCACUGUAUCCACUGAUUAAAGAAACUACUUGACCAUU